UCCUCCCUGCUCCCCACAAUGCACCUCUGCGUCUGACAACAGAGCGCGGCUGAUUCAAGAUGGCGGAGGUGGAGAGUUUGCUGGAUGAGAGAUUAUCAGCAAAAGCCCUUGUGAGUCUUAGAGAAGCAAGUUUAGCCAGCUGGAGUUCACCAAGGCAAAAGGAGUCAUCGAUGGGAAAAGCUGUGUGUUCCAAGAGAAAUUUCCUGUUAAAUGAAGAUGAUGAGGACGAGGAGGAGAGGCUAUCAAAUUCCAAAUUAAGGAAAAAGAACAGGGUAACAACUACGCCACAGAAAUUCUCAGCUCUUCUUGACAGAAAAUCAACACAGGAGCUUGGUUUGAGACUGCGCAACUUGCUGAAACUACCCAAAGCACACAAGUGGUGUAUAUAUGAAUGGUUCUAUUCAAACAUUGACCGAGCUUUAUUUGAGGGAGACAAUGAUUUCUGCCUCUGUCUAAAUGAAUCCUUCCCGUAUCUUAAAACGAGAAAGCUGACACGAGUCGAAUGGUCAACAAUCAGAAGACUCAUGGGGAAACCUAGAAGGUGUUCCUCAGCUUUCCUGGAGGAAGAGAGGGCAGCUUUGAAUCAUCGACGACAGAAGAUAAGGUUCCUGCAGCAGAGGAGGACAUUUACAGACAUAUCCGACUGCAGUGACCUGCCUGACCACAUUCCUCUACCUCUAGUCAUUGGCACUAAAGUCACUGCUCGCCUAAGGGGAUCCCUUGAUGGUCUUUUCACUGGACAGAUAGAUGCAGUAGACACCAGUACUUCCACAUACAGAGUAACUUUUGAGCGCAGUGGUUCAGGAACCCACACAAUUCCAGAUUACGAAGUGUUUAGCAGCGAGCCUCCUGAAACUAUGCCACUCACAGCCUUUGCUGAGAAGCAAAGGUCUAUUCAGAAUAAAGUCCCACAGACCCCGACACAAAUGCCUUGUUCUACAUCUGCAGAGUUCAUGUCUCCAUGGGGCAAAUUAUCAGGAACAGAAGAUGACACCCUUGGUGGAUUUCCUGUCAAAUUUCUUGUCCAAGUUACUCGAUUAUCAAAAAUCCUAUCAAUUAAGAAAGACCAUAUCAAGCAGUUAAGAGAGAUGAACACAGAGGCAGAAAAACAGAAAUCCUACUCUGAGCCAUUGAAGUUGGAAUUUCAAAAGAAGUAUGCCAGCAUUGUGCUAGACGUGGAGCAGUUGAACAAAGCUCUUAAUAAAGUCUUAAAUGAGGUCCAGCAGUAUUCUUUUAAGCUACUUCCAGAUCAGUGUCCCUUUGCAAAUGAUCCAUCCACAGCACUGAGGCGCCGCUGUGAGGGAGAGGCUCAGGACAUGGUCAGGCAAGCCAACAAGUUGCCCAGCGGCCAGCGCUAUGUUCACAGCCAGAACUUAACCCAACUCAUCACCAAUCUUACUACUCUGCUGCUACAAAUAAAGUCCUUGGCUGAAGGAGAUGAUUUAAACUCAUUUGAAUUUAAAUCCCUAACAGAAUCGCUUAAUGAUAUUAAGAGCUCCCUUGACAGCUCCAAUGUCCGGUGCUUUCAGAACAAUGUGGAGAUCAACGUAGCUCACAUCCAGAGUGGUCUCUGUCAAACAGGAAACCUCCACGCCUUCACUGCUAAUUGCACUGGGACAAUCUGAGAUGCGCCACCGAAUCUGCAAGAACACUCCUUGCUAUUGCACUGCGCUUCCUGCAGUGUAGUGCUGAUUUUUACUUGGCUGAAUGUCAUUUGAUUUUGUUAUUUAUUUAUUUUUCCCUUCAUGCUUUAUGUUGGCUUUGUGCCAGUUCUGGGUUGUUGAGACUGAUUGAUUAAAAAGGCCAUAAGUGAA